AUGAAUCAUUGUGAACUCAAGUCAUGUUGCCGGAUAUGUAAGAAUGACGAUAACGCUUUUAUGACAUGCUCUGUUUGUGGAAAAAAAUAUCAUUUAAAAUGCUUGGGGUACAAAGAAGAAUCAUUACGUCUGAUAUCUCAAAAGCGAUGUUCUUCGUGGUUGUGCCCGGUAUGCAUAUUUUGCAAUAAAUGCAAAGAACCGAUAAAUGAUGUUAUGCUAAGCACUUAUUUCUCUUAUUUGCAAUGUUUACAGCCUGAAAGUGUGCAGUGCUUUUCGUGUGACAUUGCUUUUCACGGAAAAUGUAAGCCAAGAUCUGGGAAACUGACUAAUUUGAUGAAUCCACUGUCGAAGUGGUUUUGUCAAGCAUGUAAACCUCCUUCCGAUGGAUGGUUUGUUUAUGAAAAUAAUAGAAAUUAAUU